AGCACUCGCUGAUCCAAUUCAGUCAUGUGAUUGUGUUUUGCUUUUGAGGCCGUCUGCAGCUGAAAUACAGGCAGCGUAAUGUCAGGAAGCACAGCUCUGGAUGCUAGCGUUGAAAUGUCCAAAAGGCAGGAACUGUCUGGAAUUAUAUCCUUACCGUGGGCAUUAAGGAAUGCUCUGUAUGGUAAUCACAUCUGUCAUACGUUUCAGGGAGGAUCUUGGGCAGAUAGAUCCCCCCUGCACGAGGCUGCAUUUCAUGGACGACUGCUUUCUCUAAAAACCUUAAUUGCCCAGGGUUUUAACGUAAACAUUUUAACUAUAGACAGAGUUUCUCCUCUUCAUGAAGCAUGUCUAGGUGGCCAUGUUUCCUGUGCGAAGGUUUUGCUUGAAAAUGGAGCUCAUGUUAAUAUAGUGACAAUCGAUGGAAUUACCCCUCUGUAUAAUGCCUGUAGCUGUGGAAGUGUGGCUUGUGUUAGUAUGUUAUUGGAUUACAGAGCAGAACCAGAGUUGGAGACACAAUUGGCCUUCCCUCUUCAUGAAGCAAUUGUACAAGGUCACAGAGAAUGUGCAGAAAUUUUAAUUGCUUAUGGAUCGAAUAUCAAUAAAGAGGUUCAAAAUGUGGGCACGCCACUUUAUUUAGCCUGUGUGCACCAGAGGACGGACUGUGUGAAGAAGCUUCUCGAACUAGGAGCAAACGUAAACCAUGGAAAGGUCCGAGACACACCGCUGCAUGCCGCAGCUAGGAAAUCAAGUGAAGAAAUUGUAAAGCUAUUGAUUGAUUAUGGUGCCAACGUGAAGAACAAAAACAUGGAUGGGAAGUAUCCAGUUGAACUCUCAGAACCCAGGAGCACCGUAGAACAAGCGCUUUUACUUGGAGAAGGUCCUGCUACUCUGACGCAACUCUGCCGUCUCUGCAUCCGCAAGUGUUUGGGACCAUCCUGUCUUAAAUUAGUGCCGAAGCUACAAUUGCCAGAAAGAUUAGAAAGAUAUUUACUGUAUCGAUAGGACUAUC